ACAGCGCCACCAGCCGCAAACGGGACGCUCGCAACAUCAGUGCAACAAGUGAACUGUGUGAACAACAAGUGAACAGCUGUACAUUGUCAUACACUGUGUCAGCAGCUGCUGUAGCAUCGCCUUCAAGUUAUCUACUUGUGCUUAUCUACUGUAGGUUGAGUGUAACUGUCCACAGAGACGGGUGAGCACGGCGAGGUUUGAACCUUGUGGCUACCACUCAUUGGAGCAACUACAACUCCGUUUGUUGGCUACGACGACGACGACACAUCUUGACUGUCGGCCAUGUAUCUGCUGGCUUUGCUGACGGUGCUUGCCAUGGGGACAGCCACGGCCUUGCCUGCCGACCAGCCCAACGCCAUCGGUUGCGCAGAAAAGCCGGUGGACAUCUACUUCCUGCUGGAUUGUUCCUCUUCUGUCUGGAUCGUCGACUUCGAGAAACUUCUCGGCUUCGUCGUCUCGAUCAUUGAGCGGAUGCACAUCGCACCCGACGCCACUCGGGUGGGUCUGGGCGUCUUCUCCAAUUCCUUCGUACCCGUACUGGACCUCGGUGGUUACCCCGACAAGAACACCCUCAUCCGAGCCGUUAAAAACGCCCCCUACAUCUCGGGCGACACGUACACCGGAAGAGGUAUCCACGGCAUGCGCACGCAUGGUUUCCGCGACGGCAUCGCACGCAAGAACGUGACCCGCGUAGGGGUGGUGAUCACGGACGGCAAGUCGCGGUUUCCUAGCAUCACAGAGGCCGAGGCCAUCGCCGCUCGGGACGACGGGAUAUGGCUGUUUGCCGUGGGCGUGGGCAACGACGUCGACGUGGACGAGCUCAAGGCCAUUGCCUCUCAGCCGUCUGACGAGUUCGCCAUGCAAGUGGCCAGCUUCGACAUCCUCAACACCUUGGGCUCCAGGCUGGCUGUCAGCAUCUGCAACACCGAGCUGCCGCAGGCUGAUGACGCCGCAUGCGGGAAGAACCGGAAGGCUGACGUCAUCUUUGUCUACAACUCGGCCACCAUGAGCUCUCGUGACGUCACUAAGGUCCGACGGUUCGUAAACGAAACGGUCCACGAGUUUAACUUUGGAACCGGAAACAUCCGCGUGGGGACCGUGUCGCAGGCCUGUCAGCCCGGAGACAUCGAUCUGGGCAAGCACUUCCGGCGAGACAGCUUCGUGGCGGAGCUGCAGUCUCAGGCCCCUCCCAGCCUCAGCACCCUCCUCAAGCGCCUGCGUGUCGGGGGGUACGAGGCAGCACGCGGAGGGCGGCCGGACGCUGCCAAGAUGGCGGUGGUCUUCGUGGACGACGUGCUGACGUCGUUCAAUGAGGUGACGUACGAGGCGCUCAUGCUCAAGUUCAAGGCCUCCGUCUACGUCAUCGCCAUCGGCAACAACUGCGACGAGAGUCAGUUGAAGAUCAUCACCUCCCCGUCUCAGAUCAUCAAAGUCAGCAGCUACGACAGCCUGCUGGACCCCACAGUCCGACGGCAGUUUCUCGGCGUCUUCUGUCAGAACUUGUAAAGGCGCCUACGAGCAGGUGAAAGGACUACAUCAUCAUCACACCUCCACACGGCGCCCAGUCUUUUGGCAACAUUGUGGUCUGAGAUCACUUUCCAUGCAUCAUCUGUCAGCAAGUGGUUGUGGGUGACCCCGUGUACCUGAUGGAGCCGACAAACUGCUCAUUCAUUGUUUUUUCCUUUUAAAUGCAAUAUUCAUUAUCUUCUGAUGGCGUCUGAGGCCUCCAGCAAGUUCCAGACUUGCUAGGGAUCCCUGCUCUCCGGACCAACAAGAACAUUACAUUUUCUCCUUUUCCAGGUCAACCUAUCGGCUGAAGCAUAAGGAGCCAGCCUGACAGGCAGUGGGUUGACUGAUGUUUAUCUGGUUUUGUUGUUUUCACUUGCUCAGUGUGGAGUGAGCGCUGUAAACCAACAAAGUGUUGGACAGACGUUGAAGUAAGGAGGAGACAAACAUGUCUACAUCACUGCCAGUUACUUCAAAUCCGCCUGUCUUCCAGGACCAGCCAUCAGCCAAUUAUUGGACACACGAUAAGAGUGACUGAGCAGUCCGCUUGGAAAUAUUGUCUUAUCUAACGGGACAGUGCAUUGAGAACAGUUUAUGAUGCUGGGAAAAAGUUUUUUCCUUUUCAGGCAAUCAAAUCCAUUUUCCCCUUUGUUUAUGUACACCCUGCGCGUUUGCAUACCCACGACGGGAAGCACGUGGUGCCACCUGGCGGGGUUGUCCGUGUUUUGGGAAAUCCGAGUUGUGAUUUGUGACAGUGUGAGUGUGAUUGUGGCUACUUUGUCAAGACUUUGAAAGAACAGUGUUUGUCCCAGUAGCACUGACCCUUGUAUUCUCAGUUUUGUUUUUCUUGUUCACUGUGACCAUUGGGGUCCGUUGUUAUUUUUGUUGUCAGGGUAUUACACACUCGGUCCUCAGUGUAACACACGUGCUCGUUUGUGAACGCGUGUGAUGGUGUGUGUGUUCGGGCCAUCUGUACAUUCACAAGUGUGUGGACAUCACACGAGGCUGUGAUGUACGUACACCGUCAGACCAGCCUGCGAGAGACAGAUGACUGAUGACAGAUGACUGAACAUCGUUCCCUGCCACCUGCGUCCUAAUAGCGAGCGGUUCGUUGGGCAACAAACCACAUGAGCGUCUCAUUGUUGUGAUAAAUAAAAUGCUCUCAUAUUUAAA